GCUGUCAAGGCCACGUGUAGGGCCUCAGGGGAGGAGGGAGACAGACGGAAGGAGGGCGGGCUGUUCUUAAAGGCGGGUCCUGAGGUUUGCUGGCGCCGGCUGUCCUGACCUACCUGAGUUCAGCACAGUUUGAUCCUGGGAGCCAUAAGUGAGAGCAGUGGGGGCCGUGAACAGGUCCUUGGAGCUCUUGGGAGCAGGAUAUAACUCUGGGGUAGAAGUGAGGCUGAUCAGAAGAAGCCAGAGGUAAACCGCUGGACUCACGGACGCAUCAUGUCCAGCUCCCUGCUGGCUGGAGGUCAUGUGGUCAGCUUGACUCCCCACGAAGAAUCCAGGAUGGCCCUGCACCCAAGCUCCAACCCCAGCCUCCCAGCACUGUGUCCUUACUACACCACAGAGAGCUGGGGAACCCAGCCUCUGAUGGCCCCCACACUCUGCAAAGGCACCCCCAGCAGGUUCCAGCCUGCUCAGCAAGCAGAAGCCAAAGCUCACUGCCCCCUGCAGCACCCUAAGGAGCAGGCCUCAGGGACCUCACAGGACCUCGACUCCUGCAUUGACUUCUCACUGGAGACCCUCAACCAGAUGAUCCUGGAACUAGACCCCACCUUCCAGUUGCUUCCCUCUGGGACUGCUGGUCCCCAGGCUGAGCAGGCCAGCAGCAUCACUUCAAGGAGCAAGAAGGAGGAACCAGAAGCCUUAGAUAUAAAGUACAUCGAAGUGACCUCCACCAGAUCAAGAUGCUUCGACGGUCCCCAACGCUGCUCCAGUCCCUGUGUGACUCCACCCUUUGGUUCCCCACGCAACGGCAGCCUCCUUUUCUCCAGAGACAUUCCCCGAGAGACUCGAAGCAGCAGCGAGAGCCUCAUCUUCUCUGGGAACCAGGGCAGGGGUCCCUCUCCCCACACCCCAUCUUCCCUUAGCAGUUCCAGCUCUGGCCAGGAGAGCAGGCCCUCAGGCUCCCCGCUGGCCACUCCUCCAGGUUGGGAGAAAGGGCCGCGGGCCCCACAGCGGGGCAGCAGGGUCUCUGUGCUGUCAGCCAGCCCCACGUCAGAUGUCAGCUAUGGAUUUGGAAGCAGCCAGUCCCUCCCACACUCAAGCCUCUCCAGUUAUCAGUCGUCUUCGCGAUCCUUGGCGAGUCCAGCCAGCUCCUCUUCCAGCCUCCACAGCCUGGACCGAGGGUCCCCGUGUGUGAGACCUGGUGACGCCCAGGCUCCCAGCAACCCAAUACCGAACAUGGGCCAGCCCCAAGCAGCCUCCUGUCCUCCGGUAGCCAAGGAGCAGGCCAGCAGUUGCCCCCCUUCUAUCACCAACUCCAUGGUGGACGCACCCAUUGUGCUAAUCAAUGGGUGCCCAGAACCACAGUCUCCCCCAGCCCGGCAGACACCAGGACACCAGGGCUCUGUCCAGCCUCGGGCUGCAUCUCCCAGCCACCCUUGUCGGGCUCUCGAGAGCCACAGCCAGACUCUGCCAGAUGGUCCUGUCGCUGCAUCUCCAGACGGCGCUGUCAAGAGCAUGCAGCCCACCAUGAAGUUCGUGAUGGACACAUCCAAAUACUGGUUUAAGCCAAGCAUUACCCGAGAGCAAGCAAUUGAUCUGCUGAGGAAGGAGAAACCAGGUGCUUUCGUCAUCAGGGACAGUUCCUCCUACCGGGGCUCCUUCGGCCUUGCCCUGAAGGUACAGGAGAUGCCAGCUUCUGCCCCAAACCGACCAGGUGAGGACAGCACUGACCUUAUACGUCACUUCCUGGUGGAGUCUUCAGCCAAAGGGGUGCAUCUGAAAGGAGCAGAUGAGGAGCCCUACUUUGGGAGCCUCUCUGCCUUCGUGUGUCAACACUCCAUCAUGGCCCUGGCCCUGCCCUGCAAACUGACCAUCCCACACAAAGAACUGGGAGGCGCAGAACCAGCGCUGGACUCCCCCACGCAUGGCCAGACCUCUUGCCUGAAGAUAUCGGCUGGCUGCCACACCCUGUACCUGAGCUCGGUGAGCGUGGAGACCCUGAGCGGAGCCCUGGCUGUGCAGAAGGCCAUCUCAGUCACCUUGGAGAGGGAUGUCCUCCCCACACCUACCGUGGUCCAUUUCAAAGUCACUGAACAGGGCAUCACUCUGACAGAUGUCCAGAGAAAGUUGUUUUUCCGACGCCACUACCCACUCGCCACCCUUCGCUUCUGUGGAAUGGACCCUGAGCAACGGAAGUGGCAAAAGUACUGCAAAGCUUCCAGGAUCUUUGGGUUUGUGGCCAAGAGCCAGACGGAGACACAAGAGAACGUGUGCCACCUUUUCGCAGAGUACGAAGCAGUCCAGCCAGCUCUCCAGGUCAUCAGCCUGGUGACCGCUCUGAUCCAGGAUGCAGACAGGGUGUAGGAGAAGGGAGCUGCCUAUGGACCUUCCCUGACAUCUCAAGAGACUUUCCCUGGCCAUGCCGCUGUGGUCACAUUGACAGACCUGACAGUGGGACCUGAGGACAGAGCAAGUUGAAGCUUUUGGGCCUGCUGUGACAUCCAGCAGUAACCUUCACCCAAUUCUUGGGCCCUAGGCUCUUCAAUUAUAUAGAAAGAGACCCAUCCGCAAGAAAAACGGUCCCUUGGAGACUCCGCUGGGAAUCUUCAGUGUGUUCCUCCAUGCUGCUGAAGCCCACCCACAUCCAAGACUCCCUGUGUAAAAACUGCCUGCAACGACGCUCUGGCUUCAUCAGCUUGAACUCUCCCUACGUGGCAGACUGAGCCAGAGACCUAUGACCCCUGCAAACAGCAAACACCAGGUGCUGGGUCAGAACUCGUAGGCUCCCUGGCUGGAAGCCGGUGAUGGUGGGUGCAGUUUGGGGACAGGUUCGAUUUCCCUCACACCUGUCCCUUCCCUGCUGGCCCAGGAUCCUUUUGUUUUCAAGAGAUGGAAAGGUUUGGGGGUUGUAAAUGUAACUCAGUUGCUAGAGGGUUUGCCUGACAAGGGCCGUGGUGAGUGCUGAAAAUCCCAGCACUUGAAGAGGCAGGAAGAUCAGAGGUUCGGGGUCAUUCUUAGCUACAUAAUGAAUUUAGGUCAGUCUAUGCUACAUGAGACCUUGUUGAGGGAAAGAGAAGCAGAGAGAGAGAGAGAGAGAGAGAGAGAGAGAGAGAGAGAGAGAGAGA